AUGGGCUGCCACUCCAGCAAGAACGCGGACGCACGCGCCGUCAGCGGCGGUUUUGUCAGCGACGAGGCGUCAGCUGCUUCCUCUUACGGCGUCAACUUCUCCCUUUCUCUGAUGAACAUUACGGUUGACAAGGCAGCCAAGGAAAAGUACGCCAACGUUGCCGCCGGUUACAAGCUCACCUCCUUGAAGCUGUGGUCCUGGAACGAUACCGACCUGCUCGAUGCACUGUCCAGCGCAUACACAGCGGCCGGGCUGAAGAAGCUCGAGGUCAUGAUCAUGGUUCCGCAGGACGAAGUCAUUGCCUUCGCCGACUCGGCAGAGAAGGCAAAGGAGCUGCUGCCCAUCCUCAGCAGGUACCACUUUGUGAGGAGCAUCGCGGUUGGCAACGAGCCCGAUUUCCCCGGUGGAAACCCUCCGCAAGGCAAGGAUCUCGAGAUCUUCCAGAAGCUGCCGAUGGCAGUCGCUAAUGUGCAAGCUGCGCUGCAAGGCUCCCCGCCAGGCUCUGGCAUUGUGGUCACGGUGCCCUUCUCCAAUGGUGUGGUGGGGCCAAACAAUGGUGACUGGGGUGACGUGAUCAUCAAGCAGGCCAACAAGAAGGUGGUUGAAGCGUGCAUGCCCAACCUGGACUUCUGGGCUUUCAACCCUUACCCCUACUUCAGCUUUGAGGGCGUUCCGAUGGGCGUCGACAAGACGACUUGGCAAGACUGGGUGCUUGGCAACGCCAAGACCCCUUUCGGCAGCCCCCCCCUUAGCAGCAUGCUGGAGUCGCAGCUCUACAACAUGCGCCACGCGCUGGACAAGCUCAGCAAGAGCGCGGGGUCGAAGCAGAUUGCCAUCACCGAAACCGGAUGGCCGACGGAACCAAGCGCGGUUGGCGCAUCGAUUGCAAACGCGCGCCUCUUCUACCAGGACAUGCGCCGCGACCUAGGCCGCAUGACGACGACGUACAACCUCGUGCCCGGUUACGUCUUCCUUUUUGAACUCUUUGACGAGGCGAAGAAGACGGGAAACCCAGCAGAGGCACAUUGGGGAUUGCUCAACCAGGACGGAACCCCCAAGCUUGGCUUGACGGAGUUCGUCCUCCCCCCAUCUUUCUCGGCAACAAAGCCCUGA